GAAAUAGUUUUUCACUUGUGUAGGGAUUGGUGGACUGGUUUGGCUGGUGGCACAUUCUCCUGCCUUUCUUGGGCUGUCAGGUUUUACUUGUGGUUGGUCGUGCGCUAGCCACUGCCAGCAUUUACAGGGCCGUGGCGGUGGGAGUCAUUUUAUACUGGGGGAACAACACAGGGAUUCAAAACACGCAGCUGUAGCUGUGCCUGUCCAAGCACUAUAAGGGAGUACCUGUGGGCUAACAGCCUUUGUCCAGAGUACUGGCCUGUGAACAUUACAGGUCCGUGAUGUGUCCCCGUUUCGCCGUAGUUGGUUUUGAGUAGUGCCCCUCACCCCCAGCCUUACCAUGUACUCCCCUGUCCAGUAUGUAGAACGGCCCCACCACGCCGACGUCACAGCCAUGACCAGGGUGGUAGACUAUGACAAUGACAACUAUUCCAAGGAAAUAGUCACUGAGACUGUUGAAGAAACCAAGACAGAGCUAGUACCACAGCUUAUACCAGAGAGACCACCAGAAGAAACCGUGACAUACAUCAAUGGUAAAUGUACCUGCUGUCCAUAUGGCUAUCACAUUGAUGUUGAUUUUGUGCGUUAUUGUGAUGCCUUGGCUAAUGGCUCCUAUCUGAGGCGACUGAAGAAGAUUAAAAAGACAAAGAGAAAGUUGAGAAAGUCGAUGGAGAUAUUCCUUCAGCAACAGGAACAUUCCCACCAAGAGAUGCACUCUUACCCACCCCCGGAUGUCGUACAUUCCAGCGAGCAGUUCAUUUCUCAAGUGGCUCAGGAUGACUCUGCAGCCAAUAUCAUACUGGAUGAGAUUGAUUCUUCUGUGGAGGCUACGCUGGCUUCCAUAGACUACAUGAUGCGGCCACCGAUGAAGAUGAGAGAAUCAAGUGUGGAGAGUGACGACAGCUUGAGUCCUGUCAGCACUAGGUUCAACACGUUCCCACGGGUCCGAGGGUACCAAGAAGGGGCCUCGCUGACGAUGAAUAGCAGGACAGAUUCCACAAGUUCCUUAUCCUCACAGUCCACUUUCUCCAGUGAAAACCCACCUACAGGUUUCACUGAAACCACAACGAACAUCACCAAAACUAGGGUUACUUCUGCUCAGCUGGCAGAAACCAUUGCCACCCAUCUUCCUGAAAUCACCCAGACAACCACUGUCACAUCCACCCAGUGUCCAGGCCUUCAUAUCAGCCCAGCUUCGCUUCAGGCCAUCCGAGAAGCCAUGGCCAUCAGCCUUCAACGCAUGAGAGAGCUAGAGGAACAGGUUAAAGCCAUUCCAGUUCUUCAAGUCCGAAUUUCUGUUUUGAAAGAAGAAAAACGCCUUCUUAAUCUUCAGUUAAAGGCAAAGAACAGCCGACUCAACAUGAGAAGUAUUGGUGUUGGAGAUUACUCUGUUGAUGAACCAGUUGACUCCCGAGUUACAGAAACACGUAGCUUCUUAACUACCGUACAAUCACCACAACCUUAUGGCUACUCAUCCAGCAGGACUUCUGUGUCCAACUUCCUUGCGGCACAACAGCAGCGAUCUUCUGUAAGGUCUGUGGGAGUAGGUGACAACUCUGUGGACUUUUUCUACCUACUGCAGCCCCAUAUUGCUACUCCGUAUGAGAAAAACAUCAUCAACCAGACCACCACUCACACACAUGAAAAGGAGACUGUUUUUAUGGCACAGGCAGCUCAAGAGAACACACUCAGAUCUUCGAGGGUUGCCUUCACUCAGCAUCUGCUUAAUAACCAGAAGCCUUUGACAAGAACCAUUGGAGUGGGAGAUGGAAAUGUGUUUGACUCUAAAGGUAGUGGUUAUCAUAUUCAUGAAAAGGAACUUCGAACUGUCAUCAUAGGACAAGCCCCAGGAACAACAGGGAAGAGAAAUGUGGGCGUGGAAUGCAAAGUCCAUACCAGAGAUGUUGGUAUAUCCUAUAACUCCGAGUCUGAGAAACCAGCCACACGGUCGAUUGGAGUGGGCGUGACAGAUGGGUCUCAGGGUGGUAUCAGCGUCAAGUUUGAGGGAGAGGAUUGGAAGACAAUGGUUAGGGAAGUCCUGAAGAAGAAUGUCCGAACUGUUGGGGUAAAUUGUAGAAUGACAGCUGAAACAAGAGACGUUGGUGUCAUGCAUGCUUGGUCUGACAAACGCACAGUAGGAUGUGGCAGCGACACUGUGGAUGUGAUUGUUCGACCUCUAACAUCGAUGCAAUCUGUCGGGGUGAUGGCAGUAGCAGAUGUUAGAAACCAAGGCAUUGUCACAGAAAAGGGCUGGAAACUGGAUGCCUGUACUAACACCCCCAGGAAGAUGCUUGUGCCCAAAGGGUCAAAUACAGAAGCCUUGCGCUGUUACAGUACAGCUUCGAUGACGGAUGGAACAGUAACCUCAAGCAAGGUCGCCCAAACUGAAAUGAAGAUUUUCCUCGCGACAGAUGUGUUACGGCACACAGGGUGUAACACAACCAAUGUGCGAACACAAAACACUGGGGUUAACACAGAGAGCAAGAUGAUGACCUCAGACAAGUUUAACAUGGAUAUAACAUUUAAAGAUAAUUCUUCCAACACUCAGUUUAACGUUGCAGAUAGAGGGAGUAACACAUCAGAGCAGACAACCGUGGAGACUUGGGAGACCAGAAGUGGAGGAGGUGGUGACCAGAGGGCUUCUUCACAGAGCUACGUGUCUGGUGGAGGAUAUUACAAAAAAUACCUCCCCAAACAAGAUGACGAGCAGGUGACCACUAUUAGGGAGGUGGAAAUUAGUAGCUCCAUCCCAACCACCUUUGAGAAGAGUGUACGGAGAACAAAGAGGCUGAGCCCUGCUGACGUGCAGAACAUGAUGGGAGAGCUGGAGAGAACAACUCAUGAGGAAAGCAUAUCCUCCUCAUCUUGGGGAGGAAAUGAAAGAGAAGGGGGCACUAGCUGGCAGAGGGAGAUCACUGCAAGCAGACCCAGCACGGACUCGGAGUGGAGUCAAACAACGAGAACAAUGAUGCUUGGUGGUGGGGGAAGCGAGAGUAGUUCUGUGCAUGGAGGCAGAAGUAGUAGCUUUGAAAGUAGCAGCAGUAUCAGUGGAGGAGGAGGGGGAGUGGGUGGUGGGACUCGCUCAGUCAGCAUUCACAGAAACAUCAAAAAAGUUAGGUCAGGCUCGGAAGGUACCAGCUCUUCUGAUGUGAUUGAGUAUACACCCUCGAGAUCAGUGCAGGAGGAAGAGCAAGCUACCCGUGAGUCGCGUUUCAUGCGUCUGGAGGAAGGUGACAUGGAAGAGGAAAAGGAGGAUGACACCCUGACUGAAGCCACUGAGGAGUACAUGGUACGAAAAGUGGGUGAUGCUCUGGAUGUGAUGCAGAUAGGAGGCGUGCCGGAACAUGUUGUAGGAGGAACAGAUGUCACUCAGCAUCACGAAGAAAGCUCGGGGAUGAUGGAACAGUCCUUUUCUGUUGGCGGGGGUCGACUGACAAGAGAAGGUGUGAUGGCAGAACUGGAGCAGGUCAGGAUGAAGAACAGAGAAGCUUUAGGGUCAGACAAUAGAGAGUCUGGUGGCUACACCAAAACAACAAAAAUAACCGUGGGAGGAAUUGGAGGACCCAAAAAACAGAGGACCAUUAAAAAGAGUGUGACCACUUCAGGAGGAUCUGGGGGUUCAGGAGGAUCUGGGGGUUCAGGAGGGUCUAGGGGUUCAGGAGGGUCUUUCUCAUCCAGCUCAGCAGAGAUGCUACAUUCCUCUGGCUCUGGCAUGUCACAGUCCAGCUCAUUUGAAUCUAGUGGCUCAAGAUUAUCCGGAUCAUCUGCCACUUCUGGAAUGUCGACAUCCUCUGGCAUGUCUGAAUCAUACGGCACUUCCUUUUCUUCUGGGUCAUCCUCGGGUGGUGUGGUUGGUGGCUCAUCCAUGUUCUCCUCUCAUAGCAGUGGUGGCAGCGGUGGGAUGAGGGUGGGUAUGAUGAGUGGAGGUGGGGGCAGUGGUAUCCACAUGGGGCAAAGUCGCUUGUCAGCUGGGGAUGACUUCAGCCGAGAGGAGAUGCAAAGCGGAGGUGGGUCCUACAGCAUGAGCACAGAAAUGCGAUCUUCUGGUGGUAGACCUGGCAUGGAGCGCUCUGUAAAGAAGACCUAUAUGUCCUCAUCAUCUUCAGGGGGUGUGCAGAGCGAUGGUGGCGGCUUUCACAACAGACACGCCUUCUCUCAUGGCAACGUGAGUGAUGGACAGGUAGAAACUGGCCUGAAGUCAAUCAUGAAGAGAAGCACAUCAGAGCCUCAAGUUAAGAAGGAAAUCAAGUUUGCUGAAUCAGUUGUUGGCGGGUUUCAGAGAAGGUAUGACACAACGAGUUCGGAAGAAAGUGAUCAUUCAGACAGCGAAUCAACCAGCAGCUUUGAAGAAGGAUCAUAUGAUGGCAGGCAGGGUAACAUAGUUUAUACAUGUGAAGAUGAUGAGGCCAUUGCCAAGGGGAUGCCAGGGGCUGUAAUGUAUGACCAGAACAUCCGAGAAACAUAUGAGUUGUCAUCAGAGAUGUCACUGGCUUGUAAAGUAUUGGCCAAGUACCUGGAAGACUCUACAACUGUGCAGACUAAAGAGCUGAACGCAUGUCUGAACGUGAUCCAGGGGGAUUGGUUCAAGGCAUCCAGUCAGAAGCUCUCCAGCGUUCAUAUGGUCGAGGAUUACCUGUCCUCCUUUAACGAGAUCUCCAGACGCCUCCUCGAAUACAUCAUCAACAUCGCAGACAACAAUGGUAACACAGCCCUUCACUACGCUGUGUCUCACUGUAAUUUUGAGGUGGUCAGUCUACUGCUGGACACAGGACUGGUCAGUGUGGACAAACAAAACAAGGCAGGCUACUCUGUCAUAAUGCUGGCAGCCCUCUCAAGUGUACAGACAGGCAAAGAUGUCCACGUGGUCAAGCAACUUUUCGAUGCCGGAGAUGUUAAUGCUAAGGCUUCACAGGCUGGUCAAACUGCACUGAUGCUGGCCGUCAGUCACGGGCGUCAAGAGAUGGUGCAGAUGCUGUUGGAAGCAGGGGCAGAGGUCAAUAUCCAAGAUGAUGACGGCUCCACAGCACUCAUGUGUGCGUGUGAACAUGGCCACACAGAGGUUGUGAAAACCUUGCUGGCUCACCCAGGCUGUGACGCAAACCUCACAGAUAAUGAUGGCAGCACUGCAUUGUCAAUAGCGAUGGAGGCGGGACAUAAAGAUGUUGGGGUACAAUUAUAUGCCCACAUGAACUUUUCAAAACAAUCCUCCCCUGGGUUCAGCAGGAAACAGCGCAAGGGCUCCGGAUCAUCCACCACCAGUAUCCCCAUCAGCAGGAGGUGAUUGAUUGGCUGGAUGACAUGCUAUAGCUCACCAAGACUGCAGCUGAUUGGUGGAGAACAACAAAGGGGGAGUGUUGUAUUUGGUGCCCUUCAGAAUGAUUGGUGAAGAUUAAAUGAGCAUGUCCUAUUUAAUGCACAUCUUUGUGGCCUUCCUCCAACACUGAAUCCAGUGCUUCCACGUAAUCAGAGGUAUCAAUGGAACGAAGAGGACAAACAUCUUGAAGAAAAGCUUUCAGUUUUUCACCUAUAAGAUAUAAAAUACAAGUAUGGUAGUGGUCAGAUUUUUGUAUAGCAACCUUUUUAGCUUCUUGAUGAGUUUAAAUCUUCUUUUUGCACAUAUUCUGGAUAUCCUUUCAUAUGUUUGUGUUAAUUUAUACCCGUUAUGAUUAUGUUAUGACCUGAAGGAUAGAGGUGUGAAUCUUCUCACCGGUGAUACAGUGGGGCCAUUUCACCAAAACAUUUUUGACUUUAAGCACUGUUGGAAAUGCUCUUUUUUGGAUCUUAGAAAUGAAAAAUGCAACCUCUUGUUGUGUGUUGUGUUCAGACCAACCUAUUUCAAAUUGGGAACGCUAGAAACUCCACAAUAUAGUAAAGUUUUUAGUUCUUACUUAAGUCAAAAAUGGUCAAGGUGAAUCAGCCUCUGAUGCAGGCUUGUUAAUUAAAACACAUUAAAGCAUUUGUAUACACAUUGCAUACGUUUUGUUAAUUAUUAGUGCUAGGUGAUGUUAUACAAAUACAGAAUAUGUAGAUUCGGUAUGACCGCACAGUUACAUGUAAUUGCGUACAAAUUUUUUGUUGAUCAUUUAUUUAAAGUUACAUGCAUAGGUCUUGGGUUUUGGAAAUGUUGAAUAUGUUUGAAAGGUAUUAAGGUUGUCUGUGUAAGCAGCUGGUAUCUGAGCUCUGCUGUGGAGCUGUAUUAACUCUCAAAAUUUCUCACUGCCCACAAAAUCCUGCGUGUUUAGCAUUAUCAUCAUGUCAGUUUGUUGUAUCAGGGUCAGUUAAGUUUUCUUCCAAUCUCAGUUAUUAAAAUCAGAUCUUAUAGUACUGUUAUUACUCAACCAUUUCACAUGUUUGCCUGGUGUUAUCUGAAGUAUGUGUUAAGAACAUUUCUCUGCCUUCACUGAAAAACUUGCAUUUUCUGCAAAGCCGUAAUGUUUGCUAACCCAUCAAAGCACGGAGUGUUGCCUUAAUCACGAGAUCAAAGUGGAAUAUGCAAAAAUGUGGCAGAAGGAGGUUAUCUCCCUUGGUGUUAACUACAUGUGAUUAACACGUGUGAUGACCUCUCCCUUGGAAUAAGGUCAAAGUUGGGUCAUUGUUGCACUAAAAAAACAAGGGGAAGAGUUUCACUCUGUAAACUAUGGAACCAAGAAUAUCUUGCUCAUGCUGACACAUGGUCUUUCUUUGAUCAACUUAACAACACACCUGUUUUGGGAGCGGCUGCUAGAUUUGACUUUAAUACUGAAAUAGAAUUUUCUAUUUUCUAAGUUGACCUGAUUGUAUUCUGUACCAGUUGUAGCUCAUUUGAUGUUAAAUCUAUUAUAGAACCAGUAUUGUCUGUCUGUAAAUACGGAUACACCUUCAAGGGAUUAUUCCAGUUGCCAAGUGAAAUGUUGUAAAUUGUGUAGAGUUUGUAUUCUCAUGAGCAUGUUUAAUAUCCUUCCAUAUCCACUAUGAAUAGAAAUUUAUAUAUUUUAUAAUAGCGAUUUUAAGAAUGGUGUUUUUUUUUUUUUUUGUCUCCAGGUAAUCAUGUAAAUGUCCAAGACAAUGAUUUGCAAACAUCUGUCCAAAAUUGUCCAAAGUGUAAACUGUCCAUUGUGUGAUCUGUCCAAAUCAGAAAUAUUAAUGUGGUAUGUUUCGUAUUCUUCAUAUUGAACAGCAUGCUGUGC